GUGCUAGUCCUGGAUCUUGAGCUCAUGGUCUGGCCACUGACUAUGGGCUUCUUUUCCUCCAGAUUAAUUUUCUGCUAUUUCAGCCAUCACUCCACUUAAAACAAUUUUUGUUGUUUAUUGGAGAUUAGAGGUUCUCCUGUACUUUGCUGUCCCAGCUGGCUUCAUUUUGUGAUCCUCAGGUGGCAGAUUUCACAGUAGCUAGGAAUUCAUCCAUGUGCUAUAAAAUCCCAGCUACAAUGCUCUACCAUUUCUAAUAAAAUAAUCUGAAAUAGAAAACUUUAAAUUUAUAAGCACAGAGGUUCAGUCACUAAUGUGUCUGAUGAUAGUCCAUCUCCCAAGACAAAAAUAAAAUAUCCCAUGCUGAAAUCAAUAACACUGCUGUUCUCAAGCAUUGUGAUUAUGGACACUUAGUCUAUAAUGAACUUCCUUUAAAUUAUUUUAAGUAAGAAAACAUUCUUGUAAUGUAGAAAAGCCAAUAUUAAUAUUCUGACAUUGCUUUUAAAUAUUUUAUAUUGUCUUUCUUAGCACAAACAACGUCAGUAUAUUCUACAGAGUAGAUUUUCGUUUUUGUACUUCACUCUAAAAGAUCCUUUUGAGUUUCUAUCCUACAUAUUUGUUCUUAAGAAACUUGAAUAAUAGGAUUUUCUAUGUAAUCAACUAACACAUACGAAAAAGCAUACAGCCAUUUUAUUUGUUUUAAGUUUUAUGGAACUUCACUUUGUGGUGUACUCAGCUUGGUAUUUUGUGUUGAUAUUGUUUCAGUAACAUGAUGCUUUAAUCAUUUGGUUGCUUGAGUGAGAAUGGUUGGUUUAGGAUUAUGUUAUUCCUAUGACCAUUAUUUUAUGCUGCCUCUUUAUUAGGUCAUGUAUCUCCAGCAGGAUAGCCAAGGUUCUUCAUAAGACUGUGUUUAGGAAGCUUUCCUUCCAGAAUCUUCUGUUCAUUGUUAACAGCAGCACAGAAUGGAUGGAUCACUGAAUCCAGUAUCAUUUGAAGAUGUGGCUAUAGACUUCAGCUGGGAGGAGUGGCGGGACCUUGACAUUGCUCAGAGGAUCCUGUGUAGGGAUGUAAUGCUGGAGACCUACAGCAACUUGGUGUCCUUGGGGCACUGUGUUUCUGAACCCAAGUUGGAGGAAGGUACAGAACCGUGUAUGGGAGAAGUACUAGAAAUGAAUUUCCCAGAUGUCCAAGAAAUGAAUGACAUGAUUAAGACUUGCCACGAAAGGCCAGAUGAAUGGCUAUAUGAAGUAGCAGUCACUAAUAGCAACAAAGUAAAGGAAAGAGUGAAUUCAGUAAGAAAUUUUCAUUUGACUUUAAAACAUAUGCCAGAGCUGAUUAGGAAUAAUAAGUCUUUAGCAAUGGGGACUGAGGAAAUCAUUACAUGUCAAAACCUGUUUCUCUAUAGUGAGCCUGAUGGGAUGCGUGAUCCAUGCAGACCUGUUGUCUCUCAUGUAGCUGAGCAAGCGCUUAGACAUUGGAAGCAUUUUAUUCAACAAUCUGAGAGUCCUUAUGAGCAUCAGUAUUUUAAAGAUGGAGGAGAAGGAAUGGUAUUAAACUCAGAGACUAUUUUCUCUAGACAUAAGUAUGUUUGUGCGGGAAAUCUCCCUUACAACCAUAGUGAAUAUAGAGAAAGCAAUUGUAAGUCAGCUCACAUUGUCCAAGAAAUACUUCAAGGAGUGAGGAAACCACCUGAAUGUACUGUGUCAGGGCAAACAAUCUAUUUAAGACCUACUACAGUCAGUACACAUCAGAAAAACCAUACUGGAGACGAUCCCUAUUCUUAUAGUGAAUGUGAGAAAUGUUUCAGUAAGGAAAUGCACUUUACUAACCAUCAGAGCAAAUAUUCAGAGCAGUCUGAUAAGUAUACCAAAUGUAGAAAGAAACCUUAUGAAUGUAACAAAUGUGGAAAGUUCUUUACAAACAAUUUAUAUCUAAGAAAACGUAAGAAAAUUAACACUAGCAAGAAACUUUAUGAAUGUAACCAGUGUGGGAAAUCCUCCAGGCAGCAGGCAAAUAUUAGUACACCUAAGAGAAUACAUACAGGAGAGAAACCUUAUGAAUGUACAACAUGUGGAAAGUCCUUCAGGUUGAUGUCAUCUCUAAGUAAUCAUAAGAGAAUUCACACAAGAAAGAAACCUUAUGAAUGUAACACAUGUGGAAAGUGUUUCAUUAAGAAGACAUAUCUUAGUGCUCAUCAGAGAACACACACAGGAGAGAAACCUUAUGAAUGUAACCAGUGUGGGAAGUCUUUCAACCAGAAGAUAAGUCUUAGUAGACAUAAGAGAACACAUACAGGAGAGAAACCUUAUGAAUGUAACCAGUGUGGGAAGUCCUUCAGUUAUAGUUCAAGUCUAAGUAAUCAUAAGAGAAUUCACACAGGUGAAAAACCAUAUGAAUGUAACCAGUGUGGGAAAUCCUUCACGCAGCAGGCACAUCUUACUACACAUAAGAGAACACAUGCAGGAGAGAAACCUUACGAAUGUACAAUAUGUGGAAAGUCCUUCACAACAAUGUCAUCUCUAAGUAAUCAUAAGAGAAUUCACACAGGAGAGAAACCUUAUGAAUGUAACAUAUGUGGAAAGUGUUUCAUUGAGAAGACAUUUCUUAGUGUUCAUCGAAGAACACACACAGGAGAGAAACCUUAUGAAUGUAACCAGUGUGGGAAGUCCUUCAGGAAGAGUUCAUAUCUAAGUAGACAUAAGACAGUCCAUACAGGUGAAAAACCAUAUGAAUGUAACCAGUGUGGGAAGUCUUUCAUCCUGCGGUCAUAUCUUACUGAACAUAAGAGAACACAUACAGGAGAGAAACCUUAUGAAUGUAACAUAUGUGGAAAGUCCUUCCGUAACCUCUCAAAUCGACGUAGACAUAAGAAAAUUCACACAGGAGAGAAACCUUAUGAAUGUAACCAGUGUGGGAAGUCCUUCAGGAAGAGUUCAUAUCUAAGUAGACAUAAGACAGUCCAUACAGGUGAAAAACCAUAUGAAUGUAACCAGUGUGGGAAGUCUUUCAUCCUGCGGUCAUAUCUUACUGAACAUAAGAGAACACAUACAGGAGAGAAACCUUAUGAAUGUAACAUAUGUGGAAAGUCCUUCCGUAACCUCUCAAAUCGACGUAGACAUAAGAGAAUUCACACAGGUGAAAAACCAUAUGACUGUAACCAGUGUGGGAAAUCCUUCAGCCAGCAGGCAAAUCUUAGUAAACAUAAGAGAAGACAUAUAGAAGAGAAUCUUAGGAAUGGAACACAUGUAGAAAGUCCUUUACCCACUUGUCAGCACUCGAGAAGCACAAGAGAAAUCAUAUAGGUGAGAAAGUAUGAAUAUUCCAAAUGUGAAUAGUCUUUUACCUAGAGGUCACUCCUUAACUUGCAUAAGAAAAUUCACAGAGGUGAAAAACCUUAUCAGUGGGCCCUGGGAAUAUGGUUUAGUGGUAGAGUGCUUGCCUUGCAUACA